AUGAAAAUUUCGAUUUAUAGCAUACGCCAUCUUGAAAACAUUACUCGGCAGGCGCUCUCGCCUGCAACCCGCAUUUUCCGACCCUGCCCGAAAUGCUCCCUCAGCGCCUGCGGAGGAGGUAGGCUAUACUAUAUAGGUGAUCCGCUAUACUAUAUAGGUGGUCUUGCAAUACCGCUAUACUAUAUAGGUGAUCUUGCAAUACCGCUAUACUAUAUAGGUGAUCCGCUAUACUAUAUAUAGGUGAUCGUCUACCAGCUAUUUUGCAUACUCGUUUGAGAUUAUCUAAUAGUACAUUAAACUACGAUGUAUAUUUUAAAAAUUGUGUUUCUUCCUCUUUUUGCGCAUGUGGUUUUCCAAAAGAAACUACAGCUCAUUUCUUUUUCGACUGUGACCGAUAUGCUGCUAUUCGGAAUACUUUGCUCACCUCUGCUGCUUCCUUACUCGGUGCAGCGUGGUCAGGUGCUGGUAAGGGUACACGUCUUAAGUGGUUACUUUAUGGUAUCGGGAAUGUUUCUAUUGAUACGAAUAUUAAUUUAUUCUUAAGUGCCCAGUUAAGCCUUUAGUGACUUUUGGCGCAAUUGCCAAUUUUUGACUUUAAUAAAAUAUUGUUUAUAUAUAUAUAUAUAUGUAUAUACAUAUACAUAUAUAUAUAUAUAUACAUAUAUAUAUAUAUAUAUAUAUAUAUAUAUAUAUAUAUAUAUAUAUAUAUAUAUAUAUAUAUAUAUAGAUAUACAUUUUACCUCAAAAAACCACAACAGUCUGUUUCAUCCGUAUAGGACCACCUGAUGAUUCCUAUACGGAUGAAACAGACUGUUGUGGUUUUUUGAGGUAAAACGAAAAACUAUAUUACGCUCUAUCUAUAUGGUAUUGAGCACUGUUUGUGUUGCGUAAACCAAAAACUUAAGCUAUAUAUAUAUAUAUAUAUAUAUAUAUAUAUAUAUAUAUAUAUAUAUAUAUAUAUAUAUAUAUAUAUAUAUAUAUAUAUAUAUAUAUAUAAAAGAUGGCCAAUUUAUCAAAGAUGAAAAUUUAUUUAAAAUAUGUAAAAAAAACUUUGUGUGUUCAAUUCGUCGAAAUAUUGACCAGUUCUCUUUUCUAUCAUAAGCACGUUAAGAUGUUUCAAAAUCUCUUGCGGCCGUUUUCGUUGAUAUUUCGUCUUCAUAUUAGUUUGGAAGUCAUUUCCUUUGAACCUGCAAACAAAGUACAAACAUACUCUUUUUGGUCGUGCCCCCACAUUUAGUAGUCGUAUUUCCACACCCACGACGCCAUAACGUUGAACAGAAUAUUUCAUACUUUUUGUGUUUGCUGGUGUUAUGUACUCAGCCUCAGUUAAAUAUGAUGUUUGUGAUGUUACUCUGAUAAUUUCAUGAUUGCGGGUAUUCCCUUUGUUCUCGCAGGGCAAUUAAAAACUAAUACACCUCAUUCUAUUCAUAUUUUCUAAUCCUACCCGCUUUUACGUCAUGUCAGGCAGAAUUAGUUCUAAUCCUACCCGAAACGACGUCAAAGCCGGUACGAUUAGAAAAAAUGAAUAUAAAUGAAGAUAUCUGAAAUCGCCAAAACUAAACAACGACAUGGAAAACAAUUAUACCAUUUAAUUUAUACAUUAUUUAUUAAUUUGUUUUUAAUGGCCCUGCGAGAACAAUGGGAAUACCCGCAAUCAUGAUAUUAUAAGGUAAUAGCAUAAAAAGAGGCGAAUUAGCUAUUGAAAACGUCCCGCCCGAUGAGGGUCGUUUAGUAAAAUUCCCUUGGGCGCCGGUCGAUUCGGGUCAUUUAGUAAAAUUCCGUCGGGCCUUCGGGUCAUUUAAAUGACCCUCAUCGAGCGGCGCCCAAGGGAAUUUUACUAAACGACCCUCAUCGGGCGGGACGUUUUAAUAGCUAAUUCGCUAUGCUAUUACUUAUAAGUAUGCAUCCACACCGGGCAAGCUAGAUAAAAAAUUAGUCUAUAUCACCAAUUCGAACCGACUUGACCUCGUGUCUCAUAGAGCCAAUGACUAGGUGUAAAAAAAUACCUGUGGUUCCGGUUUCAUAUCGUGAAAAAAUUAGGGUCGGUAGAUUCCGCGGAAUUUAAAGUUUUUUUUUGAAUAUUUUUUUCAUGGUUUUUGCGGUUUUUUGCUGGGCGAUUUGCAGUAGAGUCCCGACAUCAAUAUUAACUAGAGAUGCGUAUUUCCUAUGGACGAAUUUAGGCAAUUUGGUUCAAUAAUUAGUGUGACAACAGACGCCAUUCAGGGCACGCUGUAUCAGCAGCCCGCAACCACCUGGAGAAAAUAGGGUCGCACGGUCAAUCGCGUUGAAAAAAUAAUAGGGUCGGCUGAAAAAAAUAGGGUCGGUCGGGAACCGGAACCACAGGUAUUUUUUUAAGUAUCCCAAAGAUCGCGGGUUUGAUUCCCACCGCGGUCAGGCAAACUUUUCAGCUUGCCCGGUGUGGAUGAACACUCAGAGUAACAUCACAAACAUAAUAUUUCACAUUCAACGUUACUGCGUCAUUUUGUUGAAUAUUUUGUCAAAACUCCAUAUUUAGUCAACUAUUGAGUUAAUGAGUUGAUAUGAAGAUUUCAAAGUUGGCUGUUAUUUAAAUUUAAAUUCUAUUAACAAAAACAUGCCCAAUUUCUCAUUGCAGACACGAGAAACAAACAAGAAAAUACAGAGAAUGAAAAUAAAGAAAUUAUUGGUAUUGUUGAGUAAUUAUGCAUAAUGACGUCACAAGGCUUGAUGCCCGCGAGGAAUGCUGGUCUUAGUAGUCGUCGCCCUGGAAAAUUUCGAUUUUUAUUUAAAUUUAUUUAGAUUUUUAUUUUUAAUUUUUUUUUAAUUUAAAUUUAAAUUCUAUUAACAAAAACAUGGCCAAUCUCUCAUUGCAGACACGAGAAACAAACAAGACAAGACAGAGAAUGAAAAUAAAGAAAAUAUUGGUAUUGUUGAGUAAUAGACCUUUUGCAUAAUGACGUCACAAGGUUUGAUGCCCGCGAGGAAUGCUGGUCUUAGUAGUCAUCGCCCUGGAAAAUUUCGAUAGUGGCCAUUUUGAAUUGUUUAAUUUUCCCGGGCGAUGACUACUAAGAUCAGCAUUCCUCGUGGGCAUCAAGCCUUUUGACGUCAUUAUGCAUAAGGCAUAUUGCCCUGGUUUUUUUUUCUUAAUACGAUACAUGCCAAUGGACAACUUGCAUGUCAGACUAAAUUUUAAUCUAAGCAAAGAGAGGUGAAUCAAACACCACAGCUAAAAAGAACAUAAUGAAAUUAGUAAAACUGCCAAAUUUGGUCGUGAAAUGUUGUAAAGCUUGGAAGAUAUAGUCUUGCAAAGUAUGAAAAUUUUGUAUAUGUUUGUAUUACGUGCGGAAAUUCUUACCAUUUUCGGCUCAAAAAUGGUAACUGCAAACUUCGCAAGGCUAUAUUUUCCGUAUUUUACAACAUUUCGUAACCAAAUUUUGCAAUUUUACUAAUUUUAAUAAGUUCUUUAAGGGAAUUUACUUUUUUGCCUAGAUAAAAAAUUUGUCUAACAUGCUCCAAAUUGUCUAUUCGUAUCCACGCAUUCAUACUUUUGUAGGUACUGUACAUACAUCGUCAGAAGCUGCACUUUUCAAGGAUAUUGCCAAUGUACAUCCAUCGCCAGUUGCAUCAGAUAUUGCCACGUACCACAAUCCCAAUGACACAAAAUCUGGUGAAUGUCUGAAGAACUACUUUGAAGAUAUCCUAUUAAUUAUCAUUUAUCAUUUUCCAUUCUACGAAUCCAUUCCCUUACUUAAGUCAUUUUAUCAGGAUGCAUUUAAAAACAUUGUGAUUUGUGGUUCAGAGACCUAUUCCCAUCAUCAUAUAAUGGUAGUUGAUAUUCACCGAGGACACUACGGUUAUGAAUGUGUUGGCGAGGCUAUACGCAGGUACAUUGAACAUUUAUUUAAAAUUAAGUUUGUCUUAUUUGAAGGAACAUUUAAAAUUAUAUAUAAACUUCCUUUACAAUUAUUCCGUAUCUUGCUUGGUUUUCGAAAUAAAUCGACUUAUUUUGAUCAAAAGCAGCGUGCAUUCCGCCAUCUUGGAUAUGCAUUCGAUAUACGAAUUCGAGAGUUUGUAUAUCAGAUAAAUAUCGGCUGCUCAUAUUUUAACUAGUAUUUAAAAUACGACACAUCUUAUGAGUUCAUCGGCGACGUAAUUUUAAAAAUAAACAUUGUCUAAGCCGAGAAAAUCAUAGCUGAAGUUUAUGUAAGUUUUUGUAAGUUCAUACAUUGUUUUCGAGUGUUUGGAUAUCCCGGUGAGACACGAGCUCGAGUUGUUUAUAUGGCUUCUCAAAUGAAUCGAGACGUAACAGAAUGUUUUCGUUUGCUGAUUUGAAUAGAAUUCUUAACCAAGCAUAACGUAAUUAGGAAUUCUAUUCAAGUAAUUUUGCAUGCGUAAUUAAGAUAUUUGAUAAAAACACUAGUGACUUUCAUCAAGUUUCAACGGGUUAUCCAAAUGGCAUCUUGUGAUCAAAUAUGUGAUUAUCAUUGGCUGAAUUACUCAUGAAUUAUUAAUGAAUUCGAGAAAGUAUUUUUUAACAUACUCAACAGAAUAAGGUUAGGAAACGCGAUUCAGACAUAAUAGACCUCAUUACCUAUUUUUUUGUCUUGGCUAUGCAAAAAAUGGUCGGUUUGUCGUCACGUGUGUAUUGUUUUUUCGCCCAAUCAACCAACAGCAGUGUGUUGGUUAAGGUUUAGAAUUUCUGCGAGUGUUUAUGAUAAGUGUUUAGAUUAAAAUCCGUGUUGAGUGGGGGAUAAGUUUCGUCUCAUCUGUGGUCUCAUAUGCGUAGGAGAGGUUGGCUAUGGGCUACAGUCCCUCCCCCCCCAAUAUUUUUGGUCGGGCACUUGAUAGUUAAAUGUCUGGCAGAAAAAAACGGGCGGAUUUCCACUUAAAAAUUGGGCAAUUCUGCUUUAGUCACCAUUAUAUCACACAACUGCCUUAAAACAGGAUCUCGCGCUGCUGGCUGGAAAUCGAAAUUUAAUAAAGAUUUAUUGCGUGUAAAUUGAAACUUAUGAUGGUUUGCGCUAAAUUGUUGUUAUAUAUCUCUAGAUAUCCCGAUUACCGUGGCUACUUGUACAUAAAUGACGACGUGCUUGUGAACUGGUGGACAUUCUACAAACUUGAUAAGGAGAAAGUUUGGCUAGGUGCGGAUAUUUGGAUAGAUACAGCUCAUAUCAUGGGGAAAAAAGAAAUACCAGAUAGUUGGGUUUGGUGGAGCCAGUGGAGUAAUUCUGCAAAGGCAUGCGAAGACUCUUACUUAGAAAUCACGCAGCAAUAUCGCUCAAAUGAAUACAUAAACAUCACGAAAUUGGUAGCAACACAUCUUCUUAAUGGCGAAGGGAAAAAGCGUUGUUUCAAGACGUGGUCAGACAUAUUUUAUGUACCCAAGAGGUUCAGUGAUCAGUUUCAGCGAAUCUCUUUUGUGUUUCAUAAAAAUCGAGUGUUUUUGGAAGCUGCUGUUCCGACCAUUUUGAGUUUCCUAGAUUUACGAAGCUCAUGGGAAAAACAUUUUGGGUUGUAUCUGCCGGACAAGUAUGGCUUUCGUAAUUUUGCCGAUGGAAAAUUAGUUUGGGAAAGUUAUAAUUAUGAUGUUAAAUUUAUACAUCCCGUUAAAUUUCAUGGGGAUAUAGCCAAACCCAACAGAGAUAAGUUAAAAGAUGAUUUAAUACCCUAUUCUAAACGUUUCACAAAAUGUUAGAAAAUGCUGUAGAAGAAACAUCGAGAUAUUUGGGGCAUUUCGCUCUAUAGAAUUAAUAGUAGAUAGGUUUUAUUUAGAUGGAAUAUACUGUACAUAUUUAGUAUAAAUUCAGUAUUGAAAAAUGAAAUUCAAGCGUUCUGAUUGGCUCCCUCAGCAUUAACUCCGAACAGUAACUAUUCACUAUUGCAUUCAGAACAAAAUGGCUGCCGAAAAUCCACUUGCAAACAAAUCAUCGAAGAAAAAAUUGAAGAAAUUAAAGAAGAUACUAUCAGGGUUUAUUUUAAGAAAAAUUUAGAACUGCACAUAUUAAGGAUGUUACGAAGCAUUACGUGUUUGACUGGGGGUCAAAGGAUUUUUAUCUAUAUUUAACGUUGUAAAUUUAUAGUUAACGUUGUAAAUUAUGAUAGACUCUUAAUUUGUAUAUAGGUGGCAGAAUAAAGGUGUGGUUGGGCUGGGCCAGGCAAACUCGAUUCUGGGUGGGAGAGCUACAGGUAGAAGGUGUCCCUCCCAAAUUUUGAAUUUAGAGGCUCGUAAGUUCUGGCAAAGAUUUGUUUCACCCAACCACCCACCAAAACUGUUUCAAAACAUGUAACUGGGAAUCAUGAAUACUCAAUAUACUGAUGAUCUUAGGCAGCAAAGAAUAUUAGGUUCUCCCACUCUAAUCUCUUUUGGAUAGCUUCGCUCGCAUCAAUUUUACCUCAUGUUUCAUUACCCCUAGCUACAAUCCUGGCAAAAAUUACGUGGACACCUAACUUUCCUAACGCCAAUAUUAACAUUGAGACGUUCUUUCGUGAAAUUUGUCACCCCCUGCCCCCUAUUCAAUGUUGUUUCUCGCAUUCAAAUUUUAAAAGUUUCAUUUAUCAACAUUGAGUUGGGGGUAGGAGGGGGAGAAAUCUUCUGGCGGAUUAAUUAUGUAGAAAUAGAUCUAUUUUUGUUUGACGCACGCGCUGUCCACGAUAAUUUUUGCCAGGAUUGUCUGAAAUUAUCACAUAUUUCCAACUGCCUGAUUUCAUGAAUUUAAGGCUCGAUCCAAUGAUAAAAUAGGCUUGUUUGUUUAGCAAAAGGAGCAGACAAUUAGUAAAUCAGGUUAUAUUUAGUUUUUAACUUUCCGAUCUAUGUUAAGUGUCACCUAUCACAUUACAUGUCAAGUGGC